UUCGCCAUGUUAUCGGAUUCGGAACUCUGGUCUUUCACUCUAUCUAAGAAAUAUUCUCCUGGCACUGACCUUAUGAGCAAGUGGAUUCUGGAUGACAAUCACGUAAUAAACAUCAUUGUUACAAAAGUCAUUGGCGAGGCUGCCAAAGAUAAAUAUAUCACCAGGCCUACAGAAUGGCCAAACCAUACGAAAUCAGAUGUUCUUUACUGCCCAAUCAAGAGAAACGAGUUUAAAGAUUUUCCUCCAAUCUUAAUCGAAGUACAACACACCGCCAACAUGAACUUCUAUCAAAGACUCAUAAAGUAUGCUUUAUCAGUUCGGGACCAGUACUCCGUAUUGCCGAUUGUGAUAGCUAUUUGCGUUUACCACACUUCCAAUGAACUUCUUGAAUUGAGUUCUGUUUCUGAUAGUAUACCUUUUAUGAAGAAAUUGCCUUCAUAUGGUUGGGCUAAGUCUUGUCUUCUUAUCAACAAAGAUUCCAUACUGAACUUCGAAGAUGAAACUCCUUUGGAACCAGUUGUUGCUCUAGCCCAUUUCUUCGUUGAACAAAAAACUUCUCUACUUCAUAUCAAAAGAAAUGAUGAUGCCACUGUUCAACUUCUUUACAGUAUCGCUAAACGUGUAUUUGAAGGUGAACUCGCUACCGAUAAAGACAAGGAUGAUGCUUUAGAAGAAGUUUGCGCUGAAUCGUAUAACCAAUUA